AUGUAUUCUACUCCAGUUGCCGGUAGAUCUGUCGACAACCUUGCGCCAUUGUCUCCCGGAGGCCGAGCGGACUAUCCAUUCCACAGCAGUCGAAUAGCCCAGGGCCACCCGCGGCCGCACUCAAGACGAAGUUCUACAGCCAGCUCAAUUCACUCAAUAGGAGGGGCUCUAGAUACGGCAUUGAGCGGUGGCAAUGGCGCUGUAUACGAAUCUGGGCAGAAUGCCAUCUCAACACUGCUGCAACCCCCUAUUGUACGGACAGGCCUCCAGCCUCAUACAUCAGCGCCAGCAUCGAGCAAUCAUAAACCACCUACCGCAAGGGAUAUCCCACCUGUCACGUUGACCAACAUCCCGAAGAUUGACCCCGAGGAGUUUGGGCCGUAUCUCUCUCAGAUCAGUACCCUCUACGAACAGCUUCGCCGAGUGAAGGAAAAUGAGGAGGAAGAGAAUGCCAUUCGUCGAGGCAGUAAACAAGAUGAACAGUCGGAAAGCGCUGGCGACGGUCUUUUGCGGCCUGGAGCUAGAAACCGCCUUCCUCGAAAGGGCUCUACGGCGUCUUUGUCCUCUCUGAACUCGGUAGACACAGUCAGCUCCUUGCGAAGACCGUCAGUGCUUAGCCGCAAAGCUACCCAAGGACCUCCUCCCUUGUCAACAAUUCCCACCGUGUACUUCGACGACGACUUUCACCUUGAAAAUCCUCGAACCUUUGACGUUGUUAGCGAGCGAUCCGAAGUAAUACAAAAACAUAAGGACGAGGGGAAUGGGAAUGCGGUGGCUCCAAGAAAGACGCUCGCGACCAACGCUAUUCUGCAGGAGAAGCUCUCUUGGUAUAUGGAUACUAUUGAAAUCCAUCUUAUCAAUUCUAUUUCUACUGCAUCCACCACUUUCUUCACAGCGCUUGGAUCCUUGAAGGAGCUCCACUCUGAAGCGGCUGACUCCGUAGUACGGAUCAAGGCUCUGAGGAAAGAGCUAGAGGCUCUAGAUGAGAGAGUCGCAGCAAAUGGCCUGAUGAUGGUUCAAAAGCAGCGACGGCAGGAAAAUCUUCGACAGCUCAGCGAUGCGGUAUGGCAGCUCAGGCUCAUCACCGAAGGCGUAGCGAGUUGCGAGUCUCUUGUAGAUGCUGGCGAAGUGGAGAAAGCAUUGGUCAGUAUCGGCUCUUUGGAACUUUUGAUAGCUGGUGAACGCGACGAGUCUGAGCAGGGCGAGAUGCCUCAGCUGCGAGAUCUUAGGUCCGCUUCAGCUCUACAAGGAGUUAAUUCAGACCUCACUCAGCUCCGGUUUCGCAUCGGCAAAGCAUUCGAAUCUCAGUUCUCUUCCAUGCUGUCCUCCGAUGUCCGCAAGCAUGUCGAAUCUGUCUCAUCAGCCGACGUUUUGAUUCGAUGGAGCAAUGCAGCACCAAAGGCAAGAGGAGGCAGUUAUCCAAGGUCACCGUCUGUGUUUCCCACAUACCUGGCUGGUACAGACGAAUUGAAGGCCCAGAUGCUACCCGUCAUGACUGGCUUACAUCGCGCACAUCAUAUAGCGAUUGCUGCGACUGCUUACCGAGAAGACAUUCUUCGCGAGAUUCGAAACUUGAUUCGUCGACCCCUGCCAAGUUCCAACGACGAUGAUAAUAUGUCUAUGAUGUCCAUAUCUACUGCAAGCGGAGGAAGACAUCUAUCGAGCCAAGAGAAGUCCGCUAAUCUAGCUCGUAAUUUGCGAGCGCUAGAUCCGGAAGACGCCGAGGCACUUCUCACGAAGAUAUACAUUGGUGUCACAGAGACGCUGAGGCGAGCAUCAACACAAAUCAAAGUCUUACUAGACAUUGCUAGCUCGCUUUCAGACCAGCCUAGUGGUAGCGAUGGAUUAAAGUCACCACCAAUACGAUCUCCCUUACCCAGUCCUCGAUAUGAUCGACAAGAUUAUAUGCAGCAGCCGUCUGCUUUUGCAAUUCAAGAAGAGCUUCACAAAGCGAUCGACAUGGGAAGUUUGCUAGCCCAAGCCGUUGAUCUAGCGAACGAAAAGAUUGUGAAGAUUCUCAAAGUUCGGUCAGAGCAGGCUGUCCACUUGCCACUUGACCUAUUCCUGCGUUACUUCAACCUGAACCUGUACUUUACGUAUGAAUGCGAGGCCAUUUCUGGGAGGAGCUGCACUACAUUGAAGACAGUGGUUAAUAACCACAUCAAGGACUUUGUGCAAAAGUAUCGCGAUGCCCAAAUGCAGAAGCUUGCGCAGGGAAUGGAAUCGGAUCAGUGGAGCUCUAAAGAUUUUACAGAUGAGAACACACAGCUCUUGAAUCGGAUUCUAGAAUGCAGCACCCAAGAUAUAGAGGCUUGGACUGAGAGUAGCAAGAUAUGGAUUCCGUAUGAAACUCCAAAGAAGCUCAGCUUGGAUGCUGCCGCGGGGACGAAUGGUGCUGGCAAAGAAAAGGUUCGCAAUGCCAUCAUCGAGUCUGAGAAAUUCGUGCUUCCCAAUUCCGCAAUUCUAUGUCUUGAUGGCAUGGGAGAUUUCCUACAGUUGAUCGCUGGAAUACCUUCCAUGACGACAGACAUUGCAACGUCUCUGGUGACAUAUCUACAACUCUUCAACUCGCGGUGCACACAGCUCAUUUUAGGGGCUGGUGCAACUCGAUCCGCUGGCCUGAAGAAUAUCACGGCUAGGCACUUGGCUCUUGCAUCUCAAGCCCUGGCGUUCAUGGCGACCUUGGUGCCUCACGUACGAGAGUACGUUCGUCGUCAAGCUGGUUCUGGGGGAAACGUCACUAAUCUCAUGGGAGAGUUUGACAAGAUUCGACGACUGUUUGAAGAACACCAAGAUAGUAUUCAUCAAAAGCUGAUCGAAAUUAUGCGUGGGCGAGCUGCGAAUCAUGCAAAGAGCAUUCGAAGCGCCACCUGGGGUGCUGAUACUUCCGAGGGAAAGCAUUCGUUCAUUCAGAAGCUGGCUGAGGAGACAACAACGCUACACCGUGUCUUGACGAAACAUCUUCCCGAAACAUCGAUCCAGGCUAUCAUGGUGCCAGUAUUUGCAAGCUAUAAGACUCAACUAGGAGAUGCCCUACGACAAGCAACUGUGGGAACGCAAGCUGGUCAAUCGCGCAUGGCCGAGGAUGUGGACUUCUUUAUUAAUAAGUUGCAAAAAGUCGACGGAUUUGGCGAUACCGGUGACUUCCUCAUGGGUAUUGUUAAAUCAAAAGCAGUUGCGACAACCUCGUCCACCACAGCCAAUGGUGCUACUGGUUCCAAUACAGAGGAGAAGACUGAGCCAGAGAAAAAGACAUCUUCUGAAGAAACAGCACAGGACUAA